GCAAUAAGCAAACAAAAUAACUAAUCCCCAGAGCUUAAAAUUUAGCAAAAAUAGUUAAGGAAGUAAUCAUUGUAUCGAUGAUAAUACCACUUCCAAAAUAUAGUUAGCUUGAAAAAUAAGAAUACAUGUAGCUGCGAGCUAAACAUGCAUGAUGAAGAAGACUAUUAGUCUAUUAUUGAUGUCCUGCAGUUGAAUGGAGACAUCACUAUUAUUGAUAAGAUGCUGGCCCGCAUAAAUAAUGUUGUCCAGCACUCGUGAAUCAUGCCACCGACGCUACUGCUAAGGCGACGUUCAUUCCUUCUCUCACGCAUUCAAGCUUCACAGUAUUGUUGCUCUGCUGCUUUUGGAUAAUCUACCUCUCUGAGAAACAAACAGAUUGUUUUCGCAUUCCUCAUCCGGUGUUCUGAGGGAAGGAUAAAGGAUUUGAAGAGCUAACUAGCUUCUUUCAUACCAGAUAAGAAAUGGAGAUUCUUGCUGCAAUUGCUGGAAAACUUGCCGAGUUCACAGUUGCACCAAUUGGACGCCAAGUGGGUUAUCUAGCUCACCACAAAAGCAACCAUCAAAAUCUGCAGACCAAAUUGGAGGACUUAAGUGCUGCCAGGGAUGAGGUUCGACAUAAGGUUGAUCAAUUUAGGAGAGGAGGUAAAGGAAUCGAGACUGCUGUUCUGAACUGGAAGACAAGAGUGGAUGCAAUCAUCACAGAGUCAGAGGAAUUCCUGAGAGACGGCCGCCAUGCACAGACCGAGUGUCUUCAUGGUUUUUGUCCGCAUUUGGUGCUCCGUUAUCAACUAAGCAGGAAGUCAGCAAAAUUGGUGGAGAAGAUUAAUGAACUUCAUGGAAAGAAGGAGUUCUCCAACUUUGCAUAUGAUGUUCUUCCACAAGAUUUAUGUCUUUUAUCUACCGGGCAUUACAGUACAUUCGAUUCAAGGAAUUCAGUUGUUUUGAGAGUCAUGGAUGAACUGAGAAAUCCUGAUACAGAAAUGAUUCUGGUAUGGGGAAUCGGUGGAGUAGGGAAGACCACACUCGUUGAAGAAGUUCUUAGGCAAGCUAAGGAUGUUAACUUAUUUGAUGAUUUGGUGAUGGUGAGAGAUGUGAAAGAGAACCCAGACCUUGAAAAAAUUCAAAAAGAAAUUGCCAUGAAGUUGGGUAUGAGCAUUGACGAAAAGCAUACUCUAGCUGAAAGAGCGCCCCUUCUAGGUGAUAGGAUAAAACAGAAAAGGACUCUUGUAGUUUUAGACGAUGUUUGGGAAAAAAUUGAUCUACUGGCUGUCGGAGUUCCCCGUCUGGUGAACCUUAAAGUAUUGUUAACAUGUAGAAGCCGAAAGGAGUUAUCAUUGGAUAUGCGAACACAGAAAGAUAUUUCGGUUGAUGUUUUAAAUGAAAAGGAAGCAUGGAGUUUAUUUGAGAAGAUGGCUGGUGAUGUUGUCAAAGAUAGCCGCAUACGAAGCGUAGCAAUUGAAGUAGCCAAAAAAUGUGGAGGUUUGCCUGUCUUGAUUGUUACGGUUGCAAGAGCUCUAAAAGACAGAAACAAGUUGCAUCAUUGGAAUGACACCUUGAGACGUCUUAGAGGCUUUGACAACAAAGAAUUGACCGAAAAAGCAUACUUGGCUCUGGAGUGGAGUUACGAUCAGUUGGAAGAUAAAGAGCUUAAGCCUUUGUUCUUGCUUUGUGGGAUUAUUGUAGUUAAGAACCAUAUUUAUUUGACAGACUUGUUGAAAUAUGGUUUUGGUUUGGAUUUGAUUAAAAAUGUCAAUAAAAUAGAAGAUGCACGAGAGGCAUUGUAUACACUCGUUGACAAGCUUAAAGACUCUUGCUUGUUGCUGGACAGUGAUAUCAAUAUGCAUGUUAGAAUGCAUGAUCUUGUAUGUGAGGUUGCUACACAGAUUGCAUCCAGAGAUCGACAUGUCUUAUCAGUUGAGUAUGGAGGUGAACUAAAAGAAUGGCCUGAUAAAGAUUUCUUUGAAAGGUGUAGUAAGAUGUCUUUAAAAUCCAGCAAUAUUCCCAUGCUUUCUGAAGUACCUUGGGAAUGCCCGAAACUAGAAAUGUUUCAUUUGUACGAAAAAUCAAUCCCUUCCAACUUUUUUAGUGAAAUGGAGAAACUGAAAGUGUUGGGUUUAACUGAAGUGUGGAUGAUGUCACUGCCCCCAUCUCUUCAGCUCUUGAAGAAUCUUCAGACGUUGUGUUUAGAAGAAUGUUGGUUGAAAGAGGUAGCUCUAGUUGGACAUCUAAGCAACUUAGAGUUUCUUAGCUUUGCGAGGUCCAACAUUAACCAGCUACCCAAAGAAAUAGGGCAAUUGAUUCGAUUGAGAUGGUUGGAUUUGAGUGAUUGUGUCAGACUUCGAGUGAUUUCACCUGGUGUUAUUUCAAGGUUGGAAAGACUAGAAGACUUAUCACUGAGAAACGUCUUUCUCAAAUGGGAGGCUGAAAGGGGAGGAAGUAAUGCUAGUCUUUUAGAGCUAAAAGACUUGUCUCAACUAACUGCAUUGGAGAUAUAUAUUGAAGAUGCAAAUAUUCUUCCAUCAUACUUGUUCUCCAGUAGGUUGGUGAGAUACCAAAUACAUAUUGGCAAUGUUUGGAAGCACGGAUAUGAAAGAAAGAAGACUAUGGCUGAAACGACCCUCAACACGCUAAAACUGAAGCUCGCUCCCAGCGAUGAAUUGGACCACGGUAUAAAAACAUUGUUGAAGAAAUCUGAAGAUUUGUCUUUGGAUGGAACAGAGAGUGUUAAAAGUAUUGCCCGUCAAUUACAUGUUGAAGAUUUUCAGCAACUGAUACACCUCCGUCUCCAAAAUAAUGUUGAUUUCACCUAUAUCAUUAAUAGGAAGGUUGUGUUCCCCAACUUAACAACCUUGAGCAUAUGUAGAUGUGACCAUCUAAGUUUCUUGUUCUCAUUCUCUAUGGCUAAAAGUUUGGUGGAGCUCAAACAUCUUGAAGUAUCCAGAUGUGCAAUAAUGGAAGAGAUAGUAUCAGCAAGAGAUCAAUCCAACGGAGAAAAUAUCGAUAUCAAGUUUUGUAAGUUGGAAAGUCUAAUACUGGAUAAACUCCCAAACAUCACUGGAUUCUGUACUGAAAGUUGUACUGAAUUUUCUCCCGUGACGAAAUUUGAUACGGAACCGGGGGCAUCCAUCUUUGAUCCUACGAGUAGUAAAAAACUUGAUGUCGAGAAUGAGACUGUUGUACGAGCAUGUCUUUUUGACGCACAGGUAAAAUUUCCGAGCUUGGAGAGACUGAAAAUCGAUGGGCUAGGGAAGUUGCACGCGCUAUGGAACAAUAAAUUUGCUGAUCAAGACUCUUUUUGCCAACUCAAAGAAGUUGAAGUUACAUAUUGCAACAGUCUGAAAAAGAUCUUUCCAGUCUCAGUAGCCAGACGUCUCCAAAAGCUACAUUCACUGUAUGUGAGUUGGUGUGUUGAAGUGGAGGAAAUCAUUACUGGUGAACAAGGACUAGAAACAGAGUCUCCUCAUUUAGUGCUCCCAAAAGUAACACGUGUGACAUUUUCUGGUUUGCCCAAACUAAGUAGAUUCUAUCUUGGGAUUAUUGCUUCCAAGUGGCCGUUACUCAAACAACUAUACAUUUCUGGAUGUGGGAAAGUGAAGAUGUUUGCCGCAGAACUUCCAAUUUCUUCAGAAAGACAUGAGCCGAACCCUCUAAUUGAACAAUCUCUCUUUCUAAUUGACAAGGAUUCAUUCCCCAAUUUAGAAGUCUUAACCCUGGAAGUUGCGGGUGAGAUUUGGUACGGUCCAUCAUCAUCCCCAGCACACUUCUUUCCCAAAUUAAAAACUAUUCGGUUUGUCAACUGGGCAACGUUCUCCAAGCAAGCCGCAAUACAUUUCCUUGAGAAAUUACCGAAUCUUGAGGUUAUACAAGUGGGCUGGGAUGAUGUUUCCACGGAAAUAUUUGUGAAUGAAGAAAUUAAUGGGCUGGUUGCACUUGGGAAUGGGAACUCAGCUGUCAAAACUUUGGCGGUCCGUGGCAUGCCCAAGCUCUUGCAAUUAGGGAAUGGGAACUCUCAAACAGCGGGCCCACUUUUCCCAAACUUGGACGCUCUUUAUGUGUUUUCCUGUAAGAUGUUAAAGAGUGUAGAGUCAUCCGCAAUAUCCUUCCGCAAUCUAACAACUCUGAGGGUAGACUGGUGUUUUGGAUUGGAAUACUUGACAAGUUAUUCUGUAGCUCAGAGCUUAAUGCAACUGACAACACUGGGUGUGAAUGAUUGUGGGGGCCUGAGAGCAAUUAUAGGGGCAAGCAACGAAGAUGAUCAUGAUACAGGAGCAACUUGUGAGAUUGCUUUCACCCGGUUGCAACAUUUGACACUUUUGGGUCUACCAAGACUGCAAGGCUUUUGCUCGGGAAAUUGCAUUGUCAAACUCCCAUCCUCAACAGAGUUAGAUGUCCGUGGUUGCCCGAUUGAGUUGAAGAUUUCUUCUGAAGGGGUCCUGCUCAGUAAUCGAAAUCCAGAAAUAGCAGAGGAGGUAGAUGAUAAUGAUGAUGAUGAUGAUGAUGAUGGAGAAAAUGAAAAAGAUGAGGAUGUUGGCACGAGUCUCCAAGACAUUGAAGAUAGACAAGAAUAAAAUUUCGACUCUUAAAAUCGCAACUCAGGCGAGGAGAAGAAGAACAAACACGGAGCUUGAAAUUCUUCACUGAUUGAUAAGGAGCCGGAUAUCGAUGACAUUUUCCUGCUGUGUUGCUGCUUCUCGAUGGGUUAACUAUUUCACUUGAUUUUAGUUGUUUUUGUUGUUGAAUUGUGAGCAUGGAUAUUUGAUGGGUUGCCUGGAAAUAUUGACUUAAAGCUCUACUAACUUGUGUUGGUGGCACACAUAUUCAUAACGGAUGAAGGAGUUUCAAGAUCCCCAGGCUAGGGAUGCCAUUGAAGGUUCUUCACUCCAACAAUAAACUACCUCACUUCAAGAGGGCAUUAUAUUCACAUCUUACGCUUGUCAAUUGAACACGUUUUCAAGCCAAGCUGAUCAAGACUGUUAAAUGAUGUCAGUCGCUGUGAGAUUGAGUUGAAGAUGUCUUCUGAACGUGUCCAACUCAGUUAUCCAAAACCAGAAAGAGUACAAAUAGCAGAGGAGGCAGGUGAUAAUGAUGAUGGAGAAAAAGAAAAAGAUGCCGAGUGUUGGCACGGCUCAGUGAAAUAUUUCAACAGGGCAGGCUAAUUGCUGAAACAGACAUUGCCAGACUCCAUUUAAAUUCACUCCUGCAAGCAAGCUCAACGAAACAAGUCCAGAAGGCCGGUGUAAGAUUGAUCUGCCGCGGCGUAUUUGUGAAAUGCUUGGGAUGCUUACCAUGAAGAAUGAAGAGGCAUAUAGUGGAUGCCCUGUAAUGUCACUACGUCAGGGUAUAUUUAAAG